CGCCAAUGAAAAUUUAUACGAGAAUACAAUCUGGAUGUUGUUGUCUACAUGUUUUAGACCAUGCAGAAAUUCUGAUGAAAAGUAACUAUUUUUAAGUAUAAUAAUGAAAUAGAUUUCUAUGUAGCCGACAUAUGUUGUGUAUGGAAAAAAACGUUGAAUUUAUUUUGGAUGAGCCCAUUUUUUCUAAGGUAGGUUAUAUAUUUUUUUAAAUUCAUAUAGGCUUGAGUUUUCCAAUAUUAGAUCUCUGUUAUGCUUCGCACCGGGCCAAUUAAUACGAUCCUGUAUCACGUGAGGCAGAAACAAGGACCGAAAGAACAAAUAAAUCCCCUCCCGAAGUACACACGAGAAAAUAAACAUGAGCGGUAGAAAGCUUUCUCUGCAGAAAGUUAUGUCUUUUGUUGAAAGCGUGGAUGAAUGUGGUAUUGUGAAUAUGGAUGAUUUGGAUAAGGAGCAACUUUCUAUGCUUAAAUCCACAUUUGAUGCAUUCGAUGUAGACAAAAAAGGCUUCAUUUCUACAGAAAUGAUUGGAACUAUAAUGGAUAUGUUGGGAACUCAACUUGUUGGAGACGAGCUAGAUGCUAUAAUCGAAGAAAUAGAUGAAGACGGCAACGGUGAAGUGAGUUUCGAAGAAUUCGCAAAUUUAGCUGCUAGAUUUUUAAUUGAAGAGGAAGAAGAUACUGACGCCAUACAAAUGGAACUGAAGGGGGCAUUUAGGAUGUACGAUAGAGACGGUAAUGGCUUCAUAACUAUUGAAGUCUUGAGAGAAAUAUUGCAAGAAUUGGAUGAGAAAUUGACUGAUGACGAUCUGGAUAAUAUGAUUGAUGAAAUUGAUUCUGAUGGUUCGGGAACUGUUGAUUGGGAUGAGUUCAAAGCAGUGAUGAUUGGUUGAAAAGCAUUUAUUUUGUCAUAUUUUCUCACUAUCAUGCAUGCUCGUUUUUUACUCUAAUUAUGUAAUGUGUUUUUUCCUUUAGGUAAUAGUUUGAAUGUACCUUAUCCUCUGUAUAUUUAGAAUAGUAAGUUAAAUAGAAAUAAAACAGGAUUUUUC